AUGAACGCUACUGAUGUUGAAAACUAUCUUCAACAUGAUUUUUUUAAAGAAAUUACAUUUAUAAUAAUCUUAAUUGCAUUAGUUGGUGUUUUAAUAGGGUUACUUAAUAUUUUUAGCAAUCUGAUAGAAGCAAUAGUGAAAAUUUUAAACGCGAUCGUUGGCUUUAUAGAAUCAAUUUCAAUCAAUAAUAUUGUAAAAAUUUUCAAAAUUUUCAUUAAACCUAAUGCUAACUUAAAUGAAAAUAUGAACUCUAACAUCUCCACAAAAGAAUUGCCUAACGCUAACUCAAAUGAAAAUAUGAACUCUAACAUCUCCACAGAAGAAUCGCCUAAUGCUAACUCAAACGAAAAUAUGAACUCUAACAUCUCCACAGAAAAAUCACCCAAUGCUAACUCAAAUGAAAAUAUGAGCAUAAUAGAUAUCGGUGAAUAA